UUUGACCAAUUUAUAAGCACAUAGAAGGACUUACUUGGUACUCUCUAGUAGCUAAUUAGCCGGACUUGUGGCUAUUUGCACCAUACUUAUGCCGUGCACGAAUCAUUGAAUCAAAUAUAGUCCAAUCAUUUUGAUUUUCUUUAAAGUUAUUGUUCAUUGAAUCUACAUUAAUAUCAUUGGCAUAUAAUGUGGGGACCAUAUUCUGCGACAGAGGUUUCGUCCGAUCCGAUGUGUGCUCGAUGGCAGGGGAUGUACGGACAAAUUCUCAGUCGUCGACGAUCACCGUCUUCGGAACAACUUUCGGCGGUAACUCCGACCAAAGCGACGGCCGCGAGAUCCAGCUCGAGAAGAUCAGGCCGUACACAAGAAAGCGCGAAAGGAGCAUCAUGUCCACCAUCGACGAACUCGGUCUCGUCGUGAAGGCUCGAACUUCCGCCGCCGCCGGCAAUCACCGCUGCGACGUCCGGCACGACGUCCCGGGCCUGUUCUUCUCGACGGGAGGGUACAACGGGAACCUCUUCCACGAGUUCACCGACGCAAUUGUCCCCCUCUUCAUCACCGCCCGGCGUUUCAACGGCAGGGUUAUUUUCGUCAUUUUGGAGUACCACCGGUGGUGGGUCACCAAAUACAACGAAAUCCUCAGCGCCCUCUCCGACCACCAAGUCAUAGACUUCCGGCGAGACAACCGAACCCAUUGCUUCCCCGGCGCCGUCGUCGGGCUCAGAGCCCACGACGACCUCCAAAUCGAUCUCAAUUUGACGGAAGACAAUACAACAAUCCAAGAUUUCCGAGAUUUCCUGGACAGAGCUUAUUCGACCCGGAUCAGAGAAAUCAUUGAAGAAGAAGAAGAAUCAGAUCUGGCGGGGGAGGAAUCUAAGAAACCAAGAAACCCUAAAUUGGUGGUAAUGGCGAGGAACGAUUCGAGGAUGAUACUGAACCAAAUCGAUCUGGUGAGACUGGCCGGAGAAAUCGGGUUCCGGGUCGAGGUUUUGGUGCCGGACCGGAGGACGGAGCUGGCGAGGAUGUACAAGAUUCUGAAUUCGAGCGACGCCAUGGUCGGAGUCCACGGCGCGGCGCUGACGCACUUCAUGUUUCUCCGGCCGGGCUCCGUCUUCAUCCAGAUCGUCCCCGUCGGGAUCGACUGGGCGGCGGAGAACUACUGCGAGAAACCGGCGGUGAAAAUGGGCCUGGAAUACAUCGGGUACAAAAUCGGCGCGAACGAGAGCACUCUGCACCGGCAAUACGACGAGAGCGACGUCGUUUUCACGAACCCUCUCAGCGUGAACAGAAAGGGCUGGAAUUAUACCAAGUCCAUUUAUUUGGAUCACCAGAAUGUGGUUCUGGACCUUGCCAGGUUCCGGCCCAGUUUAGUUCGGGCCCAUAGAUAUCUAUCGCAUCGAAUGCUAAAUGGAUCAUAAUGAUUUAACACGAUCCUUUUUACGACUCUGUUAAAUUUAAAUUUUGUAAUUUUUUUCUCUAAAAACAGGAAAUUUUCACAUCAUUACUUUUAAGGUCGUGAAAUUUUACGUAAAUAUUUCGGGACUCAAUAAAUGACACUGAUACUC